CUCAAAACUGUCCUCGAACGCGCAAUGCUCGAGUAAUGGAUGAAUAUGAGAAUCCCCACCUGAUGUCAACCACUGAAAGCGGCACAACCUCAAUUUCAACUAUUAUAGACAUUAGCCGUGAAUCGAAUGCAUCAAGUGAACCUCUAAUUCAGGCAGCAACAGACCCCCCACAUAUUAGUCGCCCUGACCGAGAAUUGGACGCCGAUUUUCAAUCAACUUCAAACUUGAAAGUCAAACGAAAACGAGAACCUUCAGUACAAGAACCUGAUUCUCAGGACGACUUGGUGUGUCAAUGCCCGAUUUGUUUCGAAAAAUGGGGCAAUACCGGAUCACACAGGCUAAUAUCCAUGAAAUGCGGGCACCUUUUUGGUCAAAGCUGUAUAGAAAAAUGGAUUGCAAGAGCGAGAAAAGACACCAAAGCCAAGUGUCCUCAGUGCAACGCUAACAUUUCAAAGAGAGAUAUAAGGCCUAUUUGGGCUAAACAAAUCAUCUCGGUAGACUCUUGCAAGAUUGAACAAAUGAAAACCGAUUUUGAAGCAUUACGACAGAGACACCAGGAACAGGAAAUUGAGUUAUCGAAAUUACGCUUGGCAUACCAAAUGUGUAGGACUGAACUGAUGCGUAAGGACGCUGAGAUAAAGAGGUUUCAGCUGUUGGUUGGCAAUAAUACUGCAGCUGUCGAUAUUGGAGUAAGAGCGACUGCCAGUCUGAUCCAUGGACUGGAAUUCGAUAAGAAACUCAAAUUCCACGAAACAGCGAACAUAUGUCGAGUGAUGGCAUUUAAUCCCGGUUACAACAUGAUAGUUGCAAGCAAGUCUACCCCUGCUGGUGUGCAUGGCGUCCAAAAGAUCAGCUUAGUGGAUAACUUAAAUUUAGAAACCGUCGUUAACCAUUCUCGAGCGAUAAGAGAUAUACAAUGCUCGCCAUCUGGACUCUGCCUUACAACCGCACUCGAUAGCACGGCCAAAAUCACCUCCUUAAAGGACAAUUGCGUUGUUCAAAGUUAUAAUCUGACAGCCCCUGGUUGGUGCUGUAGCUGGGAUGAAGUCGACGAGAAUCGCCUAUACUGUGGAUUGAUUGACGAUUCCGUUAUGGUUUUUGACGUCCGAAAUACACGAGAGCAUAUAUACCAUUUGAAGAAUCAUGAACUCACCAAAAAGAAGCCCAUACAUUCCAUUGUACACAUGGGAGGACCGAAAAACAGCAUACUGUGCGCGAAUUUAGAUUGCUUGUACCAAUGGGACCUCAGCGGUGAUGCGCCUGUUUGUUCAGUCAUUGAGGUGGACAGCCAAGGAUAUCACCCAUAUUCAGUCUCAUAUGAUAAGGCUUCCGCGACUAUACUGGCUUCGUUUCGAUCACAAACUUCUACCAAGCAUAUUCAUGGAUCGCUGGCCGAAAACAUUUUAGAAGUUCAAAAUGUAUUCCAUAACCCCCAAAAACAGACAGCGCUGGCACGGACGUGGCAUUUUUCGAAGCCCAGGGUUGCGCAAUCAAAUGAUUCAGCAACUGAAUAUGUCAUAUGUGCUGGCGACGAAGUUGAAAAAUCCCUUUGUCUAUGGGAUGAUGUUUCUACUCGACGAUGCAUAGAUAUCGGCAGCAAUGUCAUGGACGUCAAAACUUCAGUCAUCAAUAACGAAGUAUACCUUGCCACUCUCACAGGAAAUGAAAUGCAUCUUUAUCGAAGCUGAACCUCCAUGUUUCUAUAACCCGGGGUUUUUUUGUCAAAUAAUCUAUAUUUUCAUGAACCGAAAUUCAAUUGUAUUAUACAACCUCACUAUCCUACAUAUAAACCUACUAUACCAUUUUCUUCGCCUUCAGCCCAGUGCUUUACUCAAAAUCUCAUAGUCAAAUUUGCGUGCCUGACGUGCACUGAGGCAUUUUCCUGGUGAUAUCUCAUCCAGCUCAAAGCUAUAAGUUGGGAGCAUUUAGAACACUUUGUACCGAAAGGUAAAACAUCAACAAGGUGCCAAAUAUUCUUUGUACUUACGCAAGCUUUUUAGUGUAAA